ACACAUUGUAAUGACCAAUUCACACCUCAGACCUCUCCCACCCUUGGAAACAAAAAGAUGUGUUAAUGACCAAUUCACACCUCAAAUUCCUCAUGAAGACCCCCUGCCAGCACACAUUGUAAUGACCGUUUCACACCUCAGACCUCUCCCACCCUUGGAAACAAGAUAUGUUAAUGACCAUUCACACCUCAAAUUCCUCAUUAAGACCCCUGCCAGGUGCCCUUGAUGACUCUGGCCACCAGACACCUUUCCCACCCUUGGAAACAAAAGAAAUGUUAAUGAGCAACUCACACCUAAGCUAAUCUCCACAC